AUGACGGAGCUGUCACGAGAAAUCAGUGAAAUUUGGUCAAGGUUAUUUGACCAUCGCCCUUUCCUUAAUGGUGAAAUAAAGUUUAUGCUGAAAGAAUUUGAGGAGAAGAGAGGUGACAGGGAAGUCGAAAAUUUGUUUGCAAUUCUUGAAAAACUCACAGACAUAAAAGACACACAGUUGGAAAAAGUUGAAAAAGCUUCUAAAACAGCAUUACCAGUUCUUGCAGAAAAAUUAAACCAAGCUCUGCAGCUUUCAGAAGAAAUAGAAACAGAUUAUCUUCAACUACAAGAGAAAAGCAAACAAAAGUUGGCAGAAAAUAAAGAAAAACGGCAAAAAGAAUGGGAUCAGUUUAUUGAUGAUAUGAACUUUAAAUGCCAGAGAAUUGACAAUACAUUUGAAGAAAAGGAGGAAGAGUUACGAGACUUGUACGCCGAUCUUAAACAUAAUACUUCAGAAGAAUCUGAUGCUAAGGGCGUUGAUAUAAAUGAGAAAUAUGAUUCUCAAAGUAAGGAUAAUGACUCAUCCACAAAAUCAAGUGAUAAACCUUCAAAAAAAAAGCUUGGAAAAAUGGAUGAGACAAAAGACAGUUUUCUUGUAACUUCAGACUUAGAUUGGUUAUAUAAUUACAUUAAAUGUAGGAGAAAUGAGGGAGAUAAAAACAUUCCAUACUUACACACAUUGCUUACCGGAGUUCAUGUGGAUGUACCAGAAAAUGAGGUGUUAAAGAGAAAUCCAGUGCUUGAAGCAAGAUGUGUCAAACUAAGAGCUCAACAAGAAGCUCGGGAAUAUAGAAAAAUGACAAAAGGUGUUGACAAUGUGAGAAUGAGAUUUCCAGAAGAAACUAUUGCCUAUCAAUUGAAACAAGUAAAUCGUCAGCUAAUAGCAGUUGGCCAGUUCAUAAUAUCUAUAUUUGCUGGUUUCCUGUUUGGAUUCAGAGGUGUUGAAUGGAUGGUCGGUAAUUUAGACUUUGGGUUUAGGCUACUGCUAGGCGUAAUGUGUGCAUUGGUCAUUGCACUCGCUGAGAUUUACUUCCUCGCUAAAAGGUUAAAUGAAGAACUGUGUGCUCCUGAAACUGUUCAAUUGGGAGGGCCUCCAAAGUUUGCAGAAGAUGAAAAACGAUAUGAAAAUAAUAAAAAACUUUUUGAAAAAGAACAUCAGGAUUAA